AUGCCAUCACCCGCACAUCUCUCACAGUCAGCUCCCAAUUCACGAGCAGAGCCGCCUCCACAAUGUCCAGACUUGAAGAAAUAUACCUCGCCCUUCCUCUGGUCCAGCGCACGAAAGCGCAUGAUGACCGGGCUCUCCUGUCUCGUCACCUUCAUCGCCGCAUACAACUCAGGCGCAUAUAGUCCUGGAGUCGCACAGAUGGCCUCAGAAUGGAACGUCUCGCGCGUAGCCGUCUUGGUGGGAAUCACGACCUUCACCUGCGGCUUCGCAAUCGCGCCCAUGUUCCUCGCGCCAUUCUCUGAAAUCAACGGCAGACGACCUGUGUUCGUCGUCACCGGACUGUUGUUCGUCGUCUUCCAAAUCGUGUGCGCAGUCACCCCCACCUUCGUAGGCGAGUUGGUGAACAGGUUCCUAGCCGGAGCAAUGAGCAGUACUUUUAGUACAAUGGUCGGCGGUGUUGUGAGCGAUAUCUUCCACGCCCAGGAUAGGAAUACGCCAAUGACACUGUUCUCGGCGGCUGCUCUGUUGGGUACUGGCUUCGGACCACUUAUCUGUGGAUUCAUUGCCAACAGGACGACAUGGCGUUGGAUAUUCUACCACCAGGUCAUCCUGGACGGCGCUGUAAUGAUCGCUGUCAUCCUCUUCUUCAAGGAAACGCGCGGCUCGGUACUCCUCUCUCGCAAAGCAAAGGCCUUGAACAAAUGGUACGAGAGCCUCGAAGCAGCUGGCUAUCCAGGCGUCAUGAUGCCGCCCUCGAACACCUCCUCGCCGGAAAAGAAAACCGCUCAGCGCAUCCGAUGGAAAGUCCUCGCCGACGAAGAACGAAGCAGUAUCGCCACCAUGCUGCGAAUCUCCCUCUUGCGUCCCUUUACCAUGCUCGUCACCGAGCCGGUCGUGUUCUUCUUCAGUCUAUGGGUCAGCUUCUCGUGGGGUGUCCUUUACAUGACCUUUGCCAGCGUGCCGUUGAUCUUCGAGAGAACUUAUGGCUUCAACAUCGAGCAAGUGGGUGGCAUCUUCGCGGCGACGUGUGUUGCCAGUGUACUGUUCGCUGUGGUGGCGAUCUACCAGGAAGAUCUGGGGAGAAAGUACCUUCCGGCGAGCCAAGUCGCUCUAUUGGACAGUCCUGAAGGUCGACUCUACUUCGCUUGUGUCGAAUCCGCUUUGCUGCCGAUUGGAUGUCUUUGGCUGUGUAUUACUGGAGCGUACCCCGGCAUACAUUGGAUCGUGCCGACCUUGGGCUUGGGAUGUUCCACAAUGGGCAUCUUCAGCAUCUACCUCGCCGUCUUCAAUUACCUCGCAGAUUCCUACCACCGCUACGCCAGCAGUGCGCUCGCCGCACAAUCCUUCUCUCGCAACAUGCUGGCCGGCGCAUUCCCUUUAUUCACAACCCAAAUGUUCAACAAAAUGACCUUCCAGGGCGCAGGUGGCUUCCUCGGAGGUGUAGGAUUCCUACUCACGACCGUACCUUGGGUAUUACUGCUGUACGGACCAACGAUUCGCGCGAGGAGUAAACUGGCGGGAGAGAUUGUGAAGACUUGA